AUUAUCUUUUAAAUAUUUUUCUAUUUAAAGGCUUGUUAUGAAUCUGUUUUUCUCAUUGGUAAGUUGAUAAUUGUAAUGUUUUUCAUUCGAUAGGUUCUGAAACGUAGCCUUGACCAGUGAAUAUUUCCUAAACUCAGUCAUGAUUAAGUCUGCUAAAACAUAUUAAUGCCAGCAAUAGACAAUAUGUCUUUUUAAUUUUUUAAUAUCUGACUAUCCGUUAUUGUCGCAUGACUCAAGCAAACAAGAUUGAAUCUUUUGCAAUGCAGCAUAACAACUCUUGUAACUCUUUGCAGCCAAAUGUCACUUAUACUAGAACAGGCUGUAGUUGAGUAUUAAUAGACACAGCUUUUUGGAUUAGACAUGCAUUGUUGCUUGUAUUAGUUGAUGAGAGGAUUAAUACUGAUCUUGUAGAUUUGGGUUUUGACACGGUUCAGUAAAAGGAUGUACAUAAAUAUGGUGUUAUUGACAUGGAAUUUUCCGAAUUUCUUAGCUUUUUUUUAUUGUUAUUCUUUAAACUUAGGAGACCAGCGCUCUCUCCACUAGACUGUGAUAAUAGGUUUUGUAAUCUUGAUGAUUAAGUUUCAAAAGUUGUAAAUAUUUAUCCAAGAAAAUACUUAUUAAAUAUUUCCUUGAUAAUAAGCAUACUAAAGUAUUAUAAAUUUAGUUACAUACUUAAUUAAUUAACCAAUAACUUGGCGUGAGUCAAGGUCUCUGUUAGCUUAAACUGCCAAUUGUCUCUUUUCCUUGUGACUGCUUUUCACUUACAGAAGCCAAGGAUGUUUUUUGGCAUCUUCGUUCACACAAUCUAGCCAUCUUAACCUCGGUCUUCCAGUUGUAGUUAUGUUGAGCUUUUUAUCUUGCAAUUUGUGGAAUCUCUUUUGGGUUCAUUAAUAAUAAGUUAUUGAAAACAAGAAAAAUAAAUUUUAUUAUGGACUACAUGUCAUAAGAAUAAUGGAAAUACACUAAUUGUCCAGCAUAAAAUUAUGAAAUAAUUAAAUAAACAUAAUAGAUUAUGAUAUUGUGAUAAAUAAUGUCUGGACUAAUAUGGAAAAAACUCAUUAAUGGAAGAAGAAUCUUUAAAGGAAUCUGUUUAUAAACUCAAUCAGUUGAAAAAGAAGAAGAAAACAGUUGGAAGGCUCAUACAAAAGUUUGAUAAUGAUACUAAAAUUCUUAAAAUACUGAAGACUUCCCCAAAUAAUUUUGUUAAUUAUGGUUCCAAGCCUUCGGAUUGGGAAAGGAAAAUUUUGAUUUAUCUUUCAGAACUUCCUCCAGAAUUAGAGUUUGAAACAAUAUUUUCGAGAAUGGAAGAGCUUGUUAAAUCUUCACAAUUUCCUGCAUUGCCUUCUUGGGAUCGUACUGAAACUCUAACUGAAAUGGAAAAUGUACUAAUGUCUAAGUUAAAUUUACUGAAUAACAAAAAUUUGAUGUCUAAUGAAAUCAAUAAAGAAUUAAAGAGUUUGGUUGACAGUUUAGUUGAAAUCAUAGAGCAGGAAGGAAAAGUUAGAGAUUUAAAUAAACUGCUCCCUUCAGAUAUUGGAGAUUGUUGUUCCUCCGAUUUGUCUGAUUCUUCUUCGUCCGAUCUACCUCUGCCUGGAAGACCACCCACUAAAAAGUUGGUUGAUUCUGUUUUAAGAGAAAUACAAUGCUUUUUGGAGUUAAAUUUAAGACAGAACCUACCUGAUCACAUUAUUGACUAUGUCAAACCUUGUAUCUCUGGGUACUACCAACUUCUUCAGCUUAAUAAUGAGAUGAAGAUGCAUUCUAAGCUUAUGAAUUUAGAUGAAAAGAUACGCGGCCUCAACUUAACAGUUGGUGAUGUAGCAUCAGAUUAUGUUGAUUUGCCAGACAAAAUCAAUGAGCUGAAUAUCUCUUUAUCCGAAAACAUGAUGCUAGUGAAAAAUGAGACUGAAUUGCUAGAUGAAGUUUAUAGAAGAGUGAAAGCAGGAUUCAAUUUCUUGCGCAAAGAACCAUUAAAUGAAAGUCUUACUGGGUUGCUGAUUAGUGAUAAAGAUGUGAGCUAUUGGUUAAAAAGAGGCCAUCUCUUGAGGUUAUUUUUACUCGACCAGAUGUCGUGCUGCAGUAGGAGAAUCAAAGGAAGAAGAGAUCGAAGUACUCCGCGAUCCGUCGUGUUUGGGAAUUCGAAUCGCAUCAUCGAAGCGAUGUCGCUACUAAGCAGUUCUCGUGUCACAGUUGUAUACGAAAGAGAACAUCGCUCAACUAGUGGGAGUUGA